GGAUUACCGGUCUGCUUCCAGAGAAGGAGAGAGAUGCACUUUGCAGUGCCCAGAAUGUCCCCAUUACAGGCUCACUUUGUUGCUGUCAGUCAGUAUACCUGGACUGAGACAAAGUCUUAGGGACUAGUUUUGAUAACUUUAAGGUAGGGUGGGGACCCACCAGAAGUCAGCUUCACUUGUCAGAUGUUGCAUCUGUGCACGCUGAGUGAGUCGCUGUUGAUCAGUAACUCCCGGUCCGCCUGCGACGCCGAGCUGCUAUGCAGGGAGGGGGUGACUUUCUGCAUCAACGUGUCGAAGCAGCAGCCGUUCCCGGCGCUGAAGAUCAGCGGCAUGCGGGUGCCGGUCUUUGACGAGCCGGCCGAGAAUCUCUACAAGUACUUCGACCGGUGCGCGGACGCGAUCGAAGACACGGGCAAGCAGGGAGGCAGGACCCUGGUCUACUGCAAGAACGGCCGCAGCCGCUCAGCAGCGAUCUGCACCGCUUACUUCAUGAAGCACCGCUCCCUCUCCCUCCAGGAGGCGUUCGGGCACGUGAGAUCAGCCAGGCCAGCUGUAGAGCCCAAUGAGGGAUUUUGGGAGCAACUUCAACGAUAUGAGAGUGAACUUCAAUCCAGGAGGACUGGGGCUCUUUCUUCAGCCAGUGGAUAAAUAUGUCAAGCAGUACAUCAGCCUUUGCUCUGAAAUAGUUCCCUUGAGACAUGCUUCACUGAUAUUAAGAGAGAAUCCAUACUGGAUGCUACUGUCAUUCAGUUAUUUUGCCUUAUUUUGUCAUGCUUCACUGUUUCAACAAGGAUGCCGUCAUGAUUUCAUCUGAUUGUAAUGUAUGAUACUGUCGUUCCAUAAUGCAUUUUGGUCAGGUUCUGCUGAUCCUCUACUAGUAUCGACCUAUUGUAACAAAGUAUUUGGGGGCUGGAGGGCUUACACAAGGGACGGGUCAUGAGUUUAUUGGCCCUUUCAACAUUGCACAUUAAUGUCCAUCUCCAGCCUUUUGCCUCUACGUUCUUUACACAUUUGUCACUUCUCAAAUCUGUGCAUAUCAUUCCCGGAACACCAUUUAAAAUCCUUCCAGUUAAAUUUUGACAAGGCCAAAACAACUCCAAUUUGAAAAAAAAUGAUAUCCUGUGCAAAUGUGACAGAUUUGCAGAAUGUCUCCUCAUCCUUCUCAAUCUGAUUGCAGCCAUUGAUACAAUGAUCACUCCAAAAUCUACCAACACCUCUCCAUUGUUCUCCAACAAGGCCGAAUGAUACUCUCCUGGCUGAAUACUUUGUUUGCCAGAAAGUCAUGCCAAUGGCUUUUUGUCCUGCCCUGCACCAUCACCUCUGUAGCCCAUGUAUUCUUGGCCCCUCCUAACUCUCAUCCAAACGCUGCCUGCGGGUGAUAAGAAUUAAAUCCGCAUCAGUCGCCAGACAUAAACUGACAACACCCACCACUUGGAUAGACUUUUUCCAUCUCCAUAAGAUCGUCUGCCUCAACUUAUUGUUUUCUGAAACCCUGCCUCAUUGAUGACUUUGUUCCCUCUAGACAUGACUACUCUGACUCAGCCUUGCCUGACCACCUGCACUCCACCCUUGGUAACUCCACAGAUCAAAGCCGAACUUGCUGGGUCUAUUUUAACUCUCACCAACUUUCUUUCAUCCUUCUCCUCUGUGCUUGCAGACAUUCAUUUGGCAAUUCCUCAAUUUCUGAAUUCUCAGCCUUGUUUGAAAAUCAAUUGAUCACCUUGCCCCACCUGACCUGUGGACACUCCUCCAGCCCCUCCAACCCACUGAGGUUAUUUUGUUCCUCCAGUUCUGUGCCUUGUGCAUUCCUGAUUUUAAUCACUUCGCUGGAGGUUUUGACUGGAUCCUCUUGAAUUCCCUCCCCUCAGCUCUCUGCCUCAGUUCCCUCCUUGACAUUCCUCAGAACCAAACUCUUUACCUAAUCUUUCUGUUAUUCCUGUGAUGCCACCUUAUGCAGCUCAGUUUCAAGUUCGAUAUUACAUUGCUCCUGCGAAGCAUCAUGUGAUACUUCAUUGCCUUAAAAGCAUGAUGUCAUUUCAGAUUGUUGUUGAUGUUAUAGGACAAGUGCUACGAUAUUUUUUAGUUGUUCAAAGUGUACUUCGUUUGCCUGAAAAAACAAUGACAAACAGAGGUCUUGUGGAGCAUUGGAUCCAGGAAGACUAAGCUCAAGCCUGACUCUAAGACUCAAUGCCCUAGGACGGUGUGUCAUAAAGUGGCCAAGCAGGUGGGAUGAGGUUAGUAGGGCCGCACCCCCAUCUACCUACUAACUUCAUCCCACCUCCUUGACCUGUCCGUCUUCCCUGACUGACCUAUCCCCUCCCUACCUCCCCACCUAUACUCUCUCCACCUAUCUUCUUUACUCUCCAUCUUCGGUCCACCUCCCCCUCUCUCCCUAUUUAUUCCAGUUCCCUCUCCCCAUCCCCCUCUCUGAUGAAGGGUCUAGGCCCGAAACGUCAGCUUUUGUGCUCCUGAGAUGCUGGUUGGCCUGCUGUGUUCAUCCAGCCUCACAUUUUACACACUUCUCAUUGUUGGCUGUCACACCCUAUUUAUCAGGGCCACAACUAUUCAUGAUUUUGAGUGGCUGGAUCAAAUUAACCUCUUAACUAUCCCUUGAUUGAAGAAGAAUCAUUUCUGCCUAGUCUCUCCUCAUAAAUGAAGCCUCUUACUCUUUGUAUCCCUUAGGUUAAUUUUCUCUGCCCUCUCUCUGUUGCCUUGACAUCUAUCCUUAUGUGUGAUGCCCAGAUACUCCAACAGGGUCCAAACCAAUGACAUGUAGAGGUUGACCCAAAGGAUUUACAACAUCUGACCUGAAAAAGUAGAUCCAUUUGCCUGCAUGGCUCAAGCAGGCUUUUAAAGGAAGGCCAAAGCUUCUGAUCAGAAUAGGCGGGAGGAUGUCUAAAUUCUUGUGGCAUUUCUGCAAGAUGGCAGCAGAGUAGGCUCAUCCAUGCCAUCUGCUCAUCUUCUGUUUUUUACUUCUUUUCUCAUUUAUUUUAAAUUAUUUUUCGACUAACUACUGUCUGGAGAGAGGCAGUGGUAUCGGGCUGGCUAAAUCAGAUGGGUCAACUAGAUGGCCAAUGUGAGGUAGCGGUUGGGUGCCUGACCCAGGACUCUGGGCGAAUUCCCAACGCCUGGCGUGCAGACUGAAGUAAAGGCCGAGGACCGACUCGUGGACCCAAGGCAAGACCUGGCGCCGAUGCUGCCUGGAACAGGGCUUUGGCGGUCCGCUGUGUGGCAGUGACGGAAAGCCUGAACUGGGACUAUGGUGGGUCUGAGAUCCCAGGAGUGAGUCCAACUUGACGAUGGCAGUUCCCCCGUCAUCUGCAGUGGCGACGAGAACAGGGGAGACCGAGCCAGCACAGGGAAAGAGUGCGAAAGAGAAGAGGAUCGACUCAUUGUAGGAAGUGCAGUCACAGCAUGGCUAAGCACGUAAGGAAACCUGUAAUGGUUGAACUUUUAGCUUUAUUGCUUGACUUAAUACUAAGAAGGACUGUAAUGUGUAAUACUGUGUGUGGCAACAUUAAAAACUUUUCACUGUACUUCUGUAUUGA